CAGAUUUUCGUCCUGAUCUGACCAGAGUGCAACCGAGGUCUGAGGCAUUUCCCACGCAGUCCAAGUGGGAUGACCUGAGUGUAGAGAGUAUCACGUGUUGCAAUGGGCAAAAUACUGGACGGUGACAAGUCCGACGUCAAGAGGGAAGUGGUCAGCGCCUCUGCCAACCUUGAGGUUAUCAGUCAGGAGAGUUUUGUGAAGCGCCUGGAAGGGAUGAGCUCAACAUGCGUCAAUUGUCAGCGGGAGCGCACGCGCACCACACAGCGCAACAAAACCGGGCGCAAGGGAAAGUCAGGUCGCCGCAAGCAGCACAGCAAGUCGACCAUGCCCAUAGUGAUUCACCUCAAGGACACACUGCCAUCUGGGAAGAAAUACCGACAGUCCAGCCUGGAUGGGGACUCUGAUGUGUCAACAAAGUCCACCGAUGAGGAGCAACAGUUCAGCGGCUACUUGACGGACUCUCACCAUAUCCCACCACUCUACAGUGAUGUGGACUCGAUACCAGAAUUCAUCCCCCAGUACAACAACCAUCAUUUCCACCAGAGCUGGCCGCAGCCUUUCUAUCAUCAGAUAAUGCCGUCAGGUGCUGCACAGCUUAGAAAUCACAGCAGGAAUUCCACUUCUCAGAAGGCCAAAGAAAAGUCCAGGAAGAAUCUCACAGCGCUUAUCUCCGUCAUAGAGAAGGCACACAGGAAGGAACCUCUGUACAUAGAGCCCAACUUAAGUAAAAACUCGCCAGACGCUAAACUGUGCAACAUGUUCAAUAAUUUCAGCUUCACUUCCCACUCUGAUCAGGAUGUCAAGCGUAAGAACAUGGCGCACUGUAACAAUGUUGAUCUUAUCUGCAACGAUUUAUCCAAAAGUGCCGAAAAGUUACUGGAGAGCCCUGAUGACUCUGACAGCAGUGACAAAGUAUCUUUAGUGUCCAGCAGUGACACCUUAUCUGAUGACGUUGCCGAUCUUCCUGUUCCUGAUGAACUCAGAGGUCAUGACCUGACCCUUACUGAGCUGGAAGAACUGGCUGAAUACACAACUGGGGCCCCUCUCAUUCGAUAUGACUGCCCGCCCCCUCACUGCCCAGAAUGUGUCCAUGCCUGGCAUACGUUACAGUAUUAUCAAUAUGAGGGUUGUGCUAUGUACACAUCCCCCUGUAGCCACCCCCAUGUCCACACCACCAUGUAUACACCUCCUAGACAUCACCCGUGUCCACACCGACCUAAUGGUGGUCAGAAGGCAGCAUCUCCCCGGACAUCUCUAUCCUCCGAUUCUGAUGUCUCCUCCGAUGUCGAAGAUGGUUCCACCACCAGCAGCUCAUCUUCCUCAGGGAACAAGGCCAUGGCAUCGGUCCAGGCCGGCCCACCUUCCUCAGGGAACAAGACCAUGGCUUCUGUCCAGAGCGGCCCAGCUUCCUCAGGGAACAAGAUCAUGGCUUCUGUCCAAGCCGGCCCACCUUCCUCAGGGAACAAAGCCAUGGCCUCCGCCAAGACAAGCCCAACUUCAGGACAGCACCAAUCAAAAAGAGCAAGAAAUCCAAGAGGUCCUUUUGGAAGAAUCAACUCUAGCAAAGACCCACGCCAUUCUGUAAAACGGGCCACCGCCAGCUGGACAGGGGCCAGACAACUGUGGGACAUUGAUGUUGCCCACAACCAUGGCUCCCCAGUUACCGACAGUGUGUACAUGGACCUGACAGGAUUGGAUGUGACCAUUUCUGUAAUGUAUCACACCUGCAGCACACCAACUUGGCCCUACCCGGUCCAUUCCUUGUAUCAGGCCAUGUACACGCCCACGGCCUUGACCAGUCCAAAUCUCCAGUUCAGCAGCCCCAUCUUCUAUCCACAGAAAUUUGAUUCCCUUCCCAUCCAUGAAUUUAAAAAAUGUAAGUCAGUUAUGACCAGUUUCAGAUGAUUAACAAGGAAAACAGUCCACAUGUCAGUCAAUAUACAACCAAAUUUAUUGCAUGUUGCGAUCCAUUUUUAUCCGGCAACAGUUUGCUGCUUUUUGGGUAGAUAGUUUAACCCCCAAGAUAAGUCAUGUUGAUAAGUCAUGUUGAUAAGUCAUGUUGAUAAGUCAUGUUGAUAGUUGCCAAGAUUGAUAGGUAUCACUGUUCAUUAAAGCAUUGGUGUCAUUGUGAAUAAAGUCAUUGAGUCAUGGAGCUUAGCUUGUUUGAGAUUUUAUUUAUUUUUUAAACUUUUAAUGCACUUGGCAUGAUCAACAUCUGUUUAUUUAACUUCCACAAAAGUAUUUUUAACCCAUUUCUCUAGGUCUUGGAGAAUUAAAAAAUAGUAAACAAAAGUUAAGUUUUGUAACAAAUUUUAUUUUAUGAAAAUUUGAAAGUUCCUAGAAUUGCCUGUCUGUUCAAAUUCUUGAAAAAAAUAAUGUAAAACAAAAGGAGAAAAAUUUACCAUUUUCAGAAAAUGUAGGGAGGUAUUUUAUUUAUAAAUGAUUGCCCAAUGCUGAUUUUUAAGGUUCAGUUCAAAGUUGAUUUAUUUAGCUAUGCACCCCAUGUCAGUGUCAUGUCAUAGUUUGCACCUGAUUUUAGGAUAAUGGUAAUUACUAUUAUGACGUGACUUUAGGCAACACAAAGUUUAGCUAACAGUGUUAGCCAUGAAAUGUUUAUGGAGAUAUUUCAUGCACAAAAUACUUAGAGCUUAAAUAGUGCGUAUGUUUUAAUGUUUCUCUCUAGUCUUUCAAUUCUUUUUAAAAUUUACCAGCAAGACAUAUAUUAGGCUGUUUAUUAUUGUGUUACGUGGUUUUAUGCAAUGUUCAUAUAGAAAUAAGUUGUUUUUAAUUCUACAGAUGAAAUGACCUUACCCCCAAGCAGACCCUGGAUAACCACUGGAACUUGUGAUAAAGAUGUACCUGCCGGUAAGUGACCAAGAAUUGUCAAGGAUAGUAACCAGUUGUGGGUAACAAUUUGUAUUAGUGAAUGGUAGAGUGGAUGGAUGGUCACCUUGCUGUUAAUGGUCAGGGGACAGAUUAGUGGUCACUAUCUAUGGUUGGCAGUGCAUUGGAUCUAAGGUGUGAGAAACCAUCUUGUUGACAUGUAGAGACAUUAUUUAUUGAAUGUUAUUGCAUCAGUAUUUGGCUACCCUGUGUGUGAUCAUGACUCAUCACUUUAGACAUUGUAUUUCUUCCUCAGCUGUCUUCUCAGUAAUGUGCUACAAUGUCCUGUGUGAUAAGCUGUGUACCAAGGCAAUGUAUGCCUACUGCCCGACGUGGGCGCUAAGCUGGGACUAUAGGAAAAAGGGCAUCAUGAACGACAUCAUCCGAAACAACGCUGACAUCCUCACACUGCAGGUGAGACAAAUGAUCGUUGACACCAGUAUCUUCUGUUCAAUCCAUUAGUGCUCCUAAUACCCAUCAUCCACUUAAAUUGUAACAACAGAAUACUUACUUCCAUUCUCUCUGUAUCAGACCUGUGUGUAUCUUACUAUGUAUCUAUCUAUACAACUCAGGAAGUGGAGACAGAACAGUACUACAGCAUGUUCUUACCAGAACUGGCAGCUCAGGGCUACAAUGGCAUAUUCCUUCCAAAGUCCCGUGUCCGCACCAUGAACUCCGACAAGGAAAAGAAAUGUGUUGACGGUUGUGCUAUUUUCUAUAAAAAGAACAAGUAAGUAUGUCAAGCCUAUCAAGGUAGAUCUUGCCGUAAAUAUUUAAGAGUAAUAGCUGUUAUGGAAGUUGGAUGUUAAUCAACUCUUAAACUUAAAUGAAAAACCUAUUUAAAAUGUUUUAGGAACUUCAAAAGCAGAAUGUUCUCAUAAUGACUUGCAUGGUUGAGGACUACUUUAUGUUGUAUUACAGUGGUUCUCAUAAUGACUUGCAUGGUUGAGGACUACUUUAUGUUGUAUUACAGUGGUUCUCAUAAACUUUUGAACUUGGCCCCAAUAAAGCCUAGUUUGAUAGGAGAUGUAUGCAAAAAAUAAAAUCGUAUGCUAUUUUAAAGUAAUUUUCGGGCUUUUAAACCACUAAUCUUCUUUUUUUUUUUAAUAUUCCCCUGUUAACCUGAAUAAUAAAGAUUAAAUGGAUAUGGAAUGUACAAAAACAAAAAAUAGGAAUACUUUCCUUCUGAUGUCUACAGAUAUUUUUUUUAAAUGUGCAUGUUUAUAAGUUCUAUCAGAUUUUACUUUUAUGGCAUUUGAAUGAACUACUAAUAUUCUUUACUUGAAUGUUACCACUGAUAGUACAAUGUCUUGUUGAUGGCUUCCCAGGUUCGAGAAAGUCAACGAGUACCAGAUAGAAUUCAGCCAGCUGGCCACCAAAGAGGGGGCCUCCAACACUGACACUGAUAUGAUCAACAGGGUCAGUACAAAGGACAACAUUGCCAUAGUGGCUGUGCUCAAAACCAGACCUGAUGUCUAUCUCAACAGUAAGUGGGUGCCAUCAAGCAGAUCGUGACUCUCUUGAUCACUUUUACAUGAUAUUGCCAGUGACGUCACUGGAUCACUUUAACAUGAUACUCUUUAAAGUGAUUGACUGUGAAUGACGUCACUGGAUUACUUUAGCAUGAUACCCUUUAAAAUGAUUGACUGUUUGUGAUGUCACUGGAUCACUUUAACAUGAUACCCUUUAAAGUGAUUUAUUACGAGUGACAUCACUGGAUCACUUUAACAUGAUACCCUUUAAAGUGAUUUAUUACGAGUGACAUCACUGGAUCACUUUAACAUGAUACCCUUUGAAGUGAUUUAUUACGAGUGACAUCACUGGAUCACUUUAACAUGAUACCCUUUAAAGUGAUUUAUUACGAGUGACAUCACUGGAUCACUUUAACAUGAUACCCUUUGAAGUGAUUUAUUACGAGUGACAUCACUGGAUCACUUUAACAUGAUACCCUUUAAAGUGAUUGAUUGUGAGUGACAUCACUGGACUAACCAUAAUCAUGACCCUUUCGGGUCAUUACUAAAUAUAUAGUUUUUAUCAAUGGAGGGAUACACCAUGUAAGCGCUUAAUUCAAUCAAUGAAGCUGAUUCCUAACCUGUCCUUGACAUAUUUACUUAUUCUACCACAGGCUGAACCAAUCGGCACGGUUUUUAUUUUCUCUACCUUUUGGUGAAACACAUACAGAAUUAUUUAUAACAGCUGUAUUACUGUGCUCCCAGGUGUAAUUCUAUUUCUAACAUGAAAUAAAUCAACUAUCAGAAAAGCCAAACUCUCUGUAUCCUGGGUUACACACAGGGGUUGAAAUGGUGUGGUUUUCCAGUCAGAUGUACAACAGAGAAAUGUACUGAAGUGACAAGACUAAAUGCUCACAUGAUAUGACAACCUGGCGACAUGACUGCUUUACACCUGACAUGAUUGCCCUUGUUUUCCAUGUGUCACAUCAGUUGUCAUGUCACAAUGUGUACCCCCUAUUUUGUUGACAGGUCCUGUCACCGCGCCUAAAGGUCUGACCCAAAUGUUGAUGGUAUCAACGGCCCACAUCCACUGGGAUCCCCAAUCCCCAGACGUGAAACUUGUCCAAACAAUGAUGUUGAUUGAAGAGCUACAAAAGUUUGUCAAGGAAACAUCCAUGCAGUUUCGUCCCAAUGCACCGCCGCCCUCCCUCGAUGCCGAUCUCUGCAACAGCAUGCCACUUAUUCUAUGCGGGGACUUCAAUUCAUUACCAGACUCUGGUACGUUAGGGUGACUCUAAUCCAGGCCUGCACAACUCAAAAUGUAAUACUUUAUGAAAAACUUGUGCGGGCCAAAAGAAAAUAGGACAGGACUUGUGCGGGCCAAAAGAAAAAUGGACGGGGGGGGGAAGCUAUAAAGAAUAUAGAAAGAAUAAAGAAUAUUUAGUUACUUCGCGGGCCUCAAAGUGCGUGCUGGCGGGCAGCAUGUGGCCCGCUGGCCGUAUGUUGUGCAGGCCUGCUCUAAUCCUGCUCUGAUAUGUCAGAGCCAUGGUUUUCAACAGGUGUCCGGUAAGAAUUUCACAGUUGUGCAACAAGACUUGUAAUGGAAACAGAUUGAAAUGAAUGUGAAACAAGCUUUUGUGUCAUUGUAUCUUUUAAAUAAGUUGGUGCCUAUAAAUAACUCUAAUCUAAUCCAAAAUGAUGAGGGUUUUUUUUUUAACCUCUCCAAACCAUAAACGUUUAUAACUCCCAAUGCCAAGUUCUAUAAAUGAGUUUUUGGUGCGUCGCAACAUAGAACAGGUUAAUUACCUUCAAGUAUUAUUUGAUCACUAUGUUGGGGCAGUGCACAUAUUAUAUAACAUAAAAAUGUGACAUUUUUUAAUCCCCCAACCCACCAACACACAACUGAAAAAACAGUUUUUAAAACCAAGUAGAAUAAAGCAAAUUUCAAUCUAAAGAAACAGAAAUAUUUUUUUACAAAAGUUCUUAUUAUUGUAAGCAAAGGAAACAUGUUAGCUUCUACAAAGGAAACAUGUUAGCUUCUACAAAGGAAACAUGUUAGCUUCUACAAUCUAUGCUGAUUUCAUACAUUUCAAAAGCAAAAAUAAGAAUUGAUCAAAAAAAAAAAUAAUAAUAAUAAAAAAAAUUGUUUUAUUAUCCUGCAUAACUCAAUAGAACAAAGUGAUAACUCAUCCCCCCUCAUCCCCUCUCAUCCCCCUCACCUUAUAUAAUAUGUGCACUGUCCCUUGGUAGGAUUGUACGGUCAAAGUAUUAUAAUAAGCAAGUUUCAUUUUGACUUAACAUUAUUUUAUUUAAACUGGUUUUCAGAAUAUUUGCAAAGACCUUAAUCGAAUGUCCGGAUAAUGUUUCUUUCCUCUCUCCCAUGACAGGUGUUUAUGAAUUCUUGUCAAAAGGUCGGCUUGACACGAGCCAUAAAGAUUUUGAGGGCCAAAAUUACCAAGUUUUUAUGAAAGAUAGAAAUGCCAAUGGAAUCAUCACUCACAAUUUUAAUCUCACUAGUGCUUACAAAGAUGUUAUGCCUUUCACCAACUACACGUAAGUAAACCACGGGCUCCGAGUCACAUGACAGUAAGGUGGAAUAUUAAUGGUAAAAUUUCCUUUCUUGUUUACAUUAAUUUUUCUUAAUUCCAUCACGUUCUACCUUUAAAAUCUUAAUGUAACUCUGGGUUCUUGUUUUUUGUCAUGUAUGCUAUCUAGAACGCCGCUAAUGCAAUUUUAUCUCUACAACAAGCUGAAAUAUUUGUACAAUUUGUUAAGGUUAGUUUGUAUCCCAAACUUAGAUAUUUGUACAUUUCUAUAAGGUCAUAUUGAUAAUCUCUCCACAGAUUUGAUUUUAAGGGUGUCAUUGAUUACAUCUUCUACUCUGACCAACAUCUGCGACUGCAUGGAGUCAUGGGACUGCAAGAUGAAGAAUGGUUCAGAGCAAACAAGAUUAUCGGCUGCCCACAUCCAUUUGUUCCUUCUGAUCACUUCCCUUUGUUCGCAGAGUUUUCAUUACCUGCCCACCCUCAGCGACCGAGAUAAUAGCGGCCUCAUUUUCCCAGCAUCAUCAUCAUCAUGAUCAUCACAUCUUGACCGCAAUCAUCCAAAAGUGACCACAACUGCCAUGAGAUGAACAUUUUUUCAACAAUACUUCAGCUGUAAAGCACAACAAAAACACCACGUAAUAACAUUCACCUUACCGACACACAACAUACAGAACCACCACCACAUGAAUAAAUACCACAGUGGCGUAAAAGCAGUUACAUGAUAGUCUAGCAUCACCCUGAACAUGUACAGCAGGAGUAACUGCACAAUUGUUUAUAACCACAGACAGUCGUCUCAUUUCACACAUUGCAUUUUUCAUUACUAUGUGAGGGCACAAUCUUUCUGCAUUGGUCAUUUCUAUCAAUGGUUAUCUUCCCCUAUCAUAAAUGCCUUUUCAACGUUUGAAAUAUUUUUUAAGAACUUAUUUGUUUGGUAAUUUGUUUAAACUGAAAUAAAACUGAGACUUAUUUUGAUCUCUGCUCUGCAAACUACAAAUCCCAGGCGCCUACAACACCCUCCCC